GUCUCAGGUAAGCUUCCUUUACCAUCAUGGUCAGAUUCUACGGAUACAGCGCCUACGUUCAUACAUAGUAGUCGUGAAUUGGGUUUCAUUUCGGCCCAAGUGCCUGAUCAUGCGGAAGGCCAGGUUGGGUAAAGGAGACCAAAAAAAAAAAAAAUCGCUAGAGGUAGGAUUCCUGCUUGUUGGCUUGGAUAGUACCGUAUCAGACCUAGCUAAAGCGAAAUCCCUAACAUACACGGAGAUGUCGAUUCCUAAAAUGGGAUAUACGUGGUUUUUCGUAAGAAUAAAGAUAGUGCUAUUACCACUUGGUCUGCUUAGCCUUAGAGGUAUAGAUACCUACGUCCUCCCCCGACUGCCUGCUCCUAGCAAGCUUGGCUGCCCUAACGCCUGCUACGUAGUAGCUUGGUAUUCCACGUGCGAGGAAAAGAAUCCCGUCUCGACCAGAUCGUGGUCUGACCCUUUUAUCCAGAUGGGCGGAUGCAACGGAUGUCAAAACAAAUGAGGAGACGAAGGCUCCGGAAUAAGAAGGAGGCAGAGCGGUUUAUACGUCUGGUCCCCCCAACCAGACAGAUCGUUGAUUGAUAACGGGCGUUGCACCGUUCGGCCUACAGACAUGCUCAACGUGCUCUGCUUGCUUGCUUGCUAGAUAACGUGACUGUAACCUGUCCCAUCUAGUUUGCCCUUAUUGUACCACAAUCUAGGAAGUCCC